AUGGAUGUGUUGCAAAAAAUCUCAGCGGUCUUGUGUGUUUUGGUUUUCACAUAUGCUGAUGCUGCCCAGAUCGACAAUUUCCUUCUACCAGAGCUCGCUGACUGUGUCAAAAGUCUUUCAACGUUAGUAAAAACCACUGUUCCAAACACUCCGGUAUCCGUUCUAGACAUCAAAACACGGGAAAAUGCCGAACAACCGACUGGCUUAGAAAUAGCAAUCGACUACGCAGGCACCGAAGUGCCACGACUGGAGACGCCAGAAGAUGUACACAUGUAUUGUAUUCAGCAGUUCGUGUGGAAAGCUGACAUGGUGCGAUGGGAGGACUACAACAUCACAAAGACGGACAUAGACUUCGUGAACGGCCUUCUUGAAUCCAUGAUGAAACCAAAAGGUGUAAAGCACGCAAGAAGCAAGCGUCAGUACUAUGGUCCAAGUCAGUCCAAUGGUACAGGAAAUGUAUUUCCACCGACAGGAUUCAGAACUCGACGGGAAUACAGACGGAUAUCCGACGGAGAAAGAAAUGCAUUUCAUACAGUAUUGCAGACGAUGAAAACGAAUGGUGAGUAUGACACGUUCGCCAACCUUCACCGCGGUAUUGUGGAAACGUCCGCCCAUCGGGGUCCAAAUUUUCUCGGGUGGCAUAGAGUCUAUCUAGCUUUGAAGCAAUACGAAGAAUUAACAGGCAAAUUUCCCCUUCCAUACUGGGACUCCACGCUUGACUUUGAUAUGGACAAUCCGGUAAACACAAUCCUGUUCUCAGCGGCGUUCUUUGGAAACGGUGACGGACAGGUUACCACGGGGCCAUUCGCAAACUGGGUAACUCCUAUUGGUCCGCUGACAAGAAAUAUCGGCGGCGGAAGUCAGCUGUUUUCCAAAGAGAUUAUUCGAAGUAUAAUGACGCGUUGUCGGACUCGCGAUAUCACCCGUCCUACUGCGUUACCUCAGUUCGACCUUGAAUUUUUCCACGGUGGUCCUCAUGUUUGGGUCGGUGGGCAGUUGUCUGGUCUGAACACAGCCGCCCACGAUCCCGUAUUUUUCCUACACCACGCAUUUGUAGACUACAUUUGGGAACUGUUUCGCAACCACCAAUUCUUUGACUGUCGAGUAGACCCAAGUUCAGAUUAUCCAGUGGUCACUGGUCAACAUCUCUCAACCAGAGCUAUGGACGGGUUGCCAGGAUAUCGCAAUAUUGAUGGUUAUCGCAACUACUGGACGCAAAACUGGUACAGAUACGAACGUUCUCCAACAUGUCCAGUUUGCAAUUCCCCAUAUUUAACAUGCAACCCGGCUCGCAAAGUGUGCGUGUCUAUUGAACGUACGCUCGCUCCUGACGAGGCAGUGACUGUUUCUAGAAUGGCUAUGGCAGCUGAUGGAAAUGCCUUAUCCCCGCAAGUUUCUCGAGCAAGAGCGCAAGUCGCAUUGCUCGAUAUUGGCACAGUUUUCGACGCUCCUCCAGCUGAACUAAGAACGCAGAUGGGUCAAGCAAGCGCGGUUCGUCGGAAGAGGGCCUUAAAGCAGUAUAAUAAGAUGUCUAACAUAGCUGGUGUAAACGAUUCACAACAGCAAAAUGGAGAAAAACGGCUUGAAGUAGGAGAACAGUUUCUUGCACCAGAAUCCGAUGGUCGUACAUCCGAUGUUUUGGGUAGGAAUAUUGCCAGUGGUGUAUUUUUAGGAAAAAAUGAUAAUAGCUCUAUGCAAGACGUGUACUCAGGAAAAGCCUUCCCAGUCGCACAACCGAUGUCACUAGUACCUGUACCGGUAUCGAAUACGUUAGAUUUAUAUAUGAAAAACCCUAGCUCUUACAUUACAAAAUCAUCGGCCUCUGACUGGCUGUUUGCUCCUGUUCAUCUGUCGUACAACGUUGUUGGAUAUGACACCAAUGCCCAGACUCCGAGUAUGAAAUGUCUGCCAUCUGACGCAAUAUCUACUUCUAUAAAAGUGUCUGCACAAGGGCUCAAUUAUUUGGGAGAAUACACCGACUUUGCCGUAGUAGACAUCAGUAAUACUCUUCCAUCUGCCAAUGCAAUCAUUGCCAUAAGAGCUCCAGAGGUCGGGCCAUCUAUUUCCAUGGUUACCGCAAGUCACGGAUGCGGGCUUAUGUGCAAGCCAAUGUGUUUCAACACUGAAACCGGACCAUCGUAUAAACCAUGCACAGGAAUAAUGUGGAUCAAACCAGAAGACGCAACUGCAUACGUACGAUCCUACGAUGAAGCUGCGGAAAGCCUUGCAAAAGGUGGGACAAUAUUCCCAAUAUUGUUCCAGUGUCACAAGGAAAGUCAAUCCCCUUGGAAGGGGCAAUAAACCACCCCAAUGUUGAUCAUUUUGUUUUCCGAGUUACACAAUAAACAUAUGAAUACAUAAGUCAGUUUUUCUCUAGUUUUAUGCCGGAAGUAAAACGAAUACAUAA